CUCCCCUCGGCGGCCCCCACAUCCGCACGGACCCACCCCCGCCGCCUUCCGGUCCAUUAACUCGCGUCCCUUAACGGGUUAACUUCCAUUCGUUCCCCUGACUCGGCCCAUCGCCUGCGCCUUCUCUCGUCACUUCCACCUCCGCCUCUUGACCGCUCAAUCACCGCCGGUGGAAAAAAAAAAGAAAAAGAAAAAGGAGUGGAGGCCACGGACCUCAGCUGGGUGUUCGUGCCGGUUUAUCUACUAGCUGUUAAAGAUCAUUUCAGGUUCUCUCGAUGGCCAGCUUUAAAGCUCAAAAGUUCCUCAGGAAAAUUGGGUUGGGGAAGGAGGAUCUUUACUUCUGGAAGCAGAUGGGGAAGGCUAUGCUCUACACGUACACAAUCUUUGGACUUGCUUGGUUGUGGAACGAAACAUCUCCACUUGGUUGGUGGACACUUAAGCCUCGGCCAAAGGAAGAGAGAGAGAUGGCUCAUCUGUAUGAGCGUAGGAGGUUUCCCUACCCAGGUGACCAGGAGGCAGUUGAGGAAUUCAUUAAAAGUGGGGGCACUCUUGGCACCACCAUUGGACCCAAAGGAUUUAUAGAUUCUGACAAGGAUUCUGAUAACAUGCAGAAGCAAUUGCAGUCUAAGAAAUUUGAACAGGAAGCUCAGAAGUUAUGGUUCCGCAUGAGGAAUGAGGUCAUAUCAGAGCUCCAAGAGAAGGGUUUUGAUGUUGAGUAAAGAUGCUUAACGGAGGAAAAAAGAUUGAAGAGGCUUGAACCAAGGCAAGCAGAAGACCAUGUAUUUACCAAACUGUUUCAAGGGGAUACUAAUAUUUUGGUUUUGCUUGUGUCUGUUCAGUUUCUUUUUGUGUGCUUCUUUAGUUAUUUAGCUUGGUGGGUCAAAAUUGGUAUGGCAUGAAAUGAAACUUAUUGUAUUUAAGAAAUUUACCAUAUUGCUCACCUGCAAGAACACGAGUAGAAUUUAU